UUCUUCCCAUUGCAGGCUCUUCUUCCCCAUUCCAGAAGGGACCCAGAACCACCGAAGCAAGCACCACCACCAUGGCAGCGGCAGCGGCAGCGAAGCGCCCCUGCCACAUCCCGCCGCUGGAGCUCGUCAGGGAGCAGAUCCUCCCCCGCCUCCCGCCCCGCGAACCGGCGUGCCUCGUCCGCGCCUCCCUCGUCUGCAAGACCUGGGCCGCCGCCAUCUCCGACCCCGCCUUCCGCAGCCGCCUCCACCAGCUCCACGGCACGCCCCCCGUGCUCGGCUUCCUCCACAACUGGGACGACGACGGCGACGGCGUUCCCCGCUUCAUCCCCACCACCGACUCGCCCUUCGCCCUCGCCGCCGUCCCGGACUGCCGCUCCUGGCGGGCCCUCGACUUCCGCCACGGCCGCGCCCUCUUCCUCUCCAAGGGCCUGGCUACUUGGGAGCUCCAAAUCUGGGAGCCAACCACCCGUUCCAGCCAGCUCCUACGGGUGCCCGAGGCGUUCGAGACUGACCACGGGACCCAGAAGAUGGCCCCGACCGCCGCCGUGUUCUGCGCAGUGGAUGGGUGCGACCACCGCGACUGCCUCGGGGGCCCCUUCCGCCUGGUCUUCGUCUCCUCCGUCGCCGCCGACGACGGGUAUGCCACGUCAGCGUACGUGUACUCGUCGGAGACCGGCACCUGGGGCGCGCCGGCUUCGAUGCAGCGCAUGUUCUCCAUGGAUUUCACACGCUAUUCCAGUGUGCUCGUUGGGAGGUCUCAGCUCUACUUCAUGUGUGACGAUGUGUGGAUCCUGGGGUAUGACUUGGCGAAGCACAACCUGACCGAGAUUGACCCACCAGACUUCAUGUCGAGUGACGUGGGGAUAUUCAACAUCAUGCCGGCGGAGGACGGUGGACUGGGACUGGGAGUUUGCCAAUAUCUGCAUCCCAACCUCAAACUGUGGACAAAGGACACUGAUGCACCGUGGGUGCUCAGCCGGGUCAUCAACCUGGGCAGAUCGCUCCCAGCUGGAAAUAUCCUGAAUCCAGAUGGUAAAGUGCAACUGAUGAGCUUUGCUGAGGGAGCAAAUGUCGUCUUCUUUAACACGGUCACUGGCAUCUUCAUAGCCGGGCUGCAGUCACAGAAGGUGAGGAAGGUGUGCGUUAAGCGUGGCUUCUGUAAUUUGAUUCCAGUUGUCGGCUUCUACAUUCCUGUGCACCGAGGUGUGUGUUACCCUAGUGAGGAGUCGGGUAGCGAGGAGGAGAAAACAGUGGAUCAGGCGCAGCAGCUGCUCGACAAGGGGUCCAAUGCUAUUAAGGAGGGAAGCUUGGUCAACACCUCCGAAUGUGUCAGCCACGACACUGAGAUCAGGGUUCCACGUCAAGGAGAAGUUGCUUCGGACUGUGCUAGCAUGGAAGACAAACAUGGACAUGGUGGCUUGCCAUCUGAAGCUCAACAAGUGACUGAUCCUAUGGGUCAAAUUCCCAACAGUGCACUAAAUGAAGAAUUGGUGAAGAGUAAAUCUACAGCCAGCAAAGAUGAUUCUGGGAACUCAAAGACCUCUGGCAGCAAUGUUGAGGAUGCUGCUCCAACUUCGGAGAAAGGUGAUUCUGAAGAAAGGGUUCCACGUCAUGGAGAAGUUGCUACGGACUGUGCUAGCAUGGAAGACAAACAUGGACAUGACUUGCCAUCCGAAGCUCAACAAGUGACAGAUCCUAUGGGUCAAGUUCCUAACAGCGUACUAAAUGAGGAAUUGGUGAAGAGUACAUCUACAUCCAGCAAAGAUGAUUCUGGGAACUCAAAGACCUCUGACAGCAACGUUGAGGAUCCUACUCCAACUUUGGAGAAAGGUGAUUCUGAAGAAGCGCAGGAGAGCUGCGAUUUCAUUGAUAGAGGAAAGAGUUACAAGGAACUCAAAAACCAGAAAGCAAGAUUACAAAGAAAAGCCCCGGAAGGCAGCAAGGCGGGACACGACUACUCUCGCGCUCUAAGGUCUUCACCUCCGUUGGCAUGGCAGUCGCAAGGGAGGCCAGCCACGCCGGCAGUAGCCCCGGCGAGCGCCAGUUCUCAGGCAGGAGGGUGUGAAGGCCGAACCGUGAAGCCACUUCGGUCCAGAGGCUGCGCGACCACGGGCACUCAACGAGGAGGUGCUCGGCCGUCUCCAGGUUCCGCCAGCACAAGGGGCAGACAAGCUCAGAUCUAUAACAUGGUCAGAUUGAAGCUACAUGCGCAACAAGUGUGGCAUAGAUGAAGGUGAAGACGGUCACGGCAUCAUCAGGCCGUCGCUCCAGCUCCAGAUCAUCUCAGGCGAGAAGGUUGGACAAGGCAAGCAUAGAUGACCAUCACUGUAACUAAUGUUUGGAAGGAUUCCAGUUCACAAUAACUAAAUAGAUGCAGGUCAUUUGGUAAAAGACGUGUUUGAAGACAAGUAUCUUCUCUCCCAAACCAGCACUCCUAAUUAGUACCAGUGUACCACUCUUCUGCAAUGCUCAGAGAAUUUUUUUUUUACAAAGUACAUAAACAUUGUAUUGAAACACAUUUUUUCAUCUUUGGUAAUAGGAUAAACUAUUCCACUGUAAGUAAUACUCUGUUUUUUUC